AUGAGUAGGAAGAAGAAAGAAAUUCAUGUGCUUGGUUUACCAGAACCAUGGAAAGCAUUUUAUUCGGACAAACGAAAACGGAUAUUUUAUUUCAAUACGGAGACAAAGCAGUCAACAUGGGAAAUAUCGGUUGUGGAGAAUCCUUUGAGUGAAUCCGAUUUAUCUACGAAACAACCGGAUAUAGAAUAUCAACAAAGAACUUUAAAUAUUCUGGGAAAAGGCGAUGUAAACUCUCGAGGAAAUUUGGUUCCAGAAAAUGUUGGAAAGGGAGUGUCCAAUAAAAUUGAUUACUUCCAUUGCUCGAAUAUUCCAAACACAGGCGAAUCAAAUGAAGAGCUGAUGGAAAUCGAUGAAAUUAGCAUAGAAGGAAUAAAUUAUCACGAAGAGCCGAUGGAGAUCGAUUUCGUUGUCGAAGAAGUGCAAGCUUUUCGACGAGAACACUUUUUGCAUCCUAAUCUAUUUACCAAAAAUAAUCCGCAGUUUUUCCAUACUGCAAAAAAUAUGGAAGUUUGUGAAACGGCCAAAAAUGCUGUUGUGGCACUUAUAGUUUUCGACACAAGUUGCCUUCUUCAAGAUACAACACUUUUACCAAUGUGCACCGGAAAAAUAUGCUGUUCACUUAUUCCAUAUACAGUGUUGCAGGAAUUAGAUGGCUUAAAGAGAGCAAAAUGUGAUGAACUACGAUCUAAAGCUGUAAAAACAGUUGCUUAUCUGCAUGAUUGUAUAAAACGUGGAUGCAAUUAUUUGUUCAUAGAAACCACAUUCGAGGCUUUAAAUGGUAUGGAAGAAUUUGGAUGCCAAAAUAACGAUGAUAUAAUUUUGAAAUGUGCAUUUGUAACUGCCAAAAAAUAUGAGAAUGAGUCGGUUCGUGUGGUAUUUGCCACAAAUGAUAAAAAUCUUGCAGUCAAAGCAGCGGCACAUAAUAUCGUAACAGCUGAUAGAGACGAGUUGUUGCAUUUGCUAGCAACUGAUAUAUCAAAGGACAAAAGCCAACAGUUUAUGAUGAGAGAUGCUUCUCAGAAAAUCUCACCGUCAGACUUCUCGUUUACACUAACUGAUAAGCCAUCGUCAUCAACUGUUAAAACUGCACAAAUUACAGCAGCUAAAAAAGUUGUAGGCAAUUUAUUUGCACCACUUGAAUGCCACCAUUCUUCUUCGCCAUCAUUUACAUUUAUUCCUCAAAAAAAUUCAUUUUCAUCAUUGCUAGCAGCUGGUGAAAAGGAAUUUCAGAAUUUUAUAUGUUAUAAAAAAGCAAGCUAUGAAGUGUCAGAAAAGCGUGAAACUCAUCAAUCGCGGCCAAUUCCUUAUUCAUUUCGAAAAGCAAAGAAGGAGGAUAUUGGAAGUGGUGAUAAGUUAUUUAAGAGGAAAAGAUUAUACGAAUUAAGUGGACAUUGCAUGGAUGAUUUUUUGGAUACAUUUGCCGAUCUCAUCCAAUAUCUUCAGCACAGGAAAGACAGGAAAUCAGUCGAGGACACGAGAAGGAUUAAUAAAGUUAUCGAUUCAGUUAUUGAGAAUGAGGCAUCCUCAUUGAGUGUUCUGGUAGAUAUGGUGUCGAAAUUUUACGAUUUUUAUGCAGAUCGCAACGUUUUCAUAUCAGCGACACAUUUUGAUAAAAAGAAGCUCACAAAUGAAUACGAAAACGCAACCAAUACAAUUAAGGAAAAGUUACGCACAUUUCAAAAGCAAUUAACUAUUCAUCCAGAUAUGACUUAA